AUGGAUCCUGGGCGCUAUAUGCUCCAACAAGGAUGGGAUAACAACAGCGUAAUUGCAGUUCUUUCUUUAAUCACUUAUCCGAGAUGAAAUGAAGAAUAUUAUGGCUCAUGUGAUUGUACUCCACGUUUAGUGGCUUCUCAUCCUAAAUGAACAAUCAAGAAAAGCGGUUUGCCAUUUUGGAUAUGGACUGGAUACCAUAAGUACACGCUACCAUAAGUAUUAGUUCCUGACUUGGCUUAUUCUGUUGCAUCCACAGGCUCUUGAGGGGUACAGUGCAAUACAUGAGCCAGACUUCAGGUGAGUGCAUAUAUAUCUUGUAGUUUCUUCUUUUACGAUCUAAUAUGUUCUUGGUACCCUCUUCCCAGUAAUAUGUAUUCUACUAUUACUCAUUGAGUAUGCUGAGCACCACCUUCAUAAUUGCCACGUUUUUCCAUGAACGCACACGUACUUUGAAACUAAUGGUUCUGUUAGUCAUAAAUCGUAUGAUUUUGAAUUAUUCAUCCUAUUUCUCAUUUGAUGUGUUUUAUCAUACUUUGGUUUUUUUUCUGCUUUGUGUUCUGAUAGAGUUGACGGAUCAUACAGCGGUAGAAGGAUUUUAGAUGAAGGAUUUUCUAGAGACCCUGUCUAUCCAAGGAGUGGAUAUAAUCGAGACGUACUCAGCAGAGAUCCCUACCCAGCCCCACCUCAUGUCCCUGAACUCUGGCAUCAAGAAAGGAGAAACCUUGAGGAAGACUAUGGAACAAUCAGAGAUUCUAGAAGACAUGCCGAUUCUUACCAUGAAAUUGAUUCGUUCCGUGACAGUGAAAGAUAUCAUGAUGUUGAUAGGUUCCCUGAUGCUGAUAAAUUUCACACUGGCUACCGGAGUGGAGAUGGUUAUCGUGAUUUGGACAACUAUAAUGAUUAUGCAAUCGAUCGGUCAUCCAGGCUUGCUGGGCGAGGGCAUGAUGAAUUUUCCAAUGACGAUUAUGAGCACUUAAAUCGUGUGCCACAUCAGAGUAGAGAGAACAGCCGGGAUAGAGAGUCUGAAUUCAGCCGGUAUAAUUAUGACUCUGAUUAUGAUAGGGCCAAAAGAGAUAAUAGCUGGCGAAGACGUGAUACACGUGAACGUGAUAGUAGGGACAGUCGUGAGAGAGAACCGAGUCCACGUAGGAGGCGUGAACGCUCUAGAUCGAGAGGACACGAUGAUAGAUCUAGAUCAAGAUCUCCUCGUGGUCGAAGUCAUAGUAGAAGUCAUAGAGAAGAUAGCUAUGAUGACACUCGUUAUGCUAGGAGUGACAGGAAAAGAGAACGAGAUCGUGAUGACAGGCGGCAUAAUGAUUCAACAUCAGUGGUAUGUCUUGAUUUUCCGUUCAUUGUGUGUAUGUGAUUUGUGAAUAUCAUGUAUUCUAACCAUUGUAUUAAUGUCUACCUGAAGGCUCCAUCUGCAACAGUUGUCGUUAAGGGUUUGUCUCAAAAGACGACUGAAGAAGACCUGUAUCAGAUACUAGUACGGAUCAUAAACCUUUUACCUUUUCUGGAUUGUGUUUCUGAUUAGUUUGAGUCAUUUUCUUAUGUAUAUUCCCUAUUUUCCAGACCGAGUGGGGGCCACUUCGUCAUGUUCGCAUUAUUAAGGAACGAAAUUCUGGGGUAUCUCGAGGGUUUGCUUUUAUUGAUUUCCCUUCUGUGGUAAUCAUCUGACUUGCAACUUGCUCUUAAAUUUCUCUUCCAUCUUGUAUUUUUGUUGUCAUUGAUCAAGGGAUACGUUUACUGCCACUCAGGAAGCUGCUCAAAGCAUGAUGGAUGGCAUUAGGGAUGAUGGUUUUGUUGUUGAUGGAAGGAAGCUUUUCUUUGAAUAUAGGUACUAGCAACUCUUGGGAUCCCUUUCUGAUAACUAUUUCAUUUUGGUUAAGCUGCGUUAAUGUUUAUGAUGAAUAAUUCAAAAAAUAACACAAUAGAUAGGGUCUUGGUUAUAAAAAAACUUGUGUAGAAAACUGCAGGUUAUUAUAUUGAGAAUCUUGUGACCAGUUUGAACUUUACCUUGUAAAACUUCAGAAUAUAUAUAUUACAGUCAUCAGGGGAUUGCUUAUUAUUGUCGAUUUUUUAGUUCUCCUCGUUUCACAUUACCUAUGCGUCACAACUUUAUGUUAGAAGGCUGAGGUUGCUUCUUUGUUCUUUCUAAGCUUUUUUCAGAUUUUUUUUCCUGCUUCUUGCCCUCUUAAAAUGUUUGUUCUAGUCUCAUUGGAAAAAAACGCCGUCAUCUGCAGGAUUAUCCUAGAAAACGAGUUUAAUUUCAUUUUUUUUUUAAGUUUAUUGUAAUAUUUUCCAUGUAUUGCAGUAGCAAGCCGACUGGAACAGCUGGCCCCUCCUUUGAGAAUCCUGCAAAAUCUGGCCAUGGAAACAGCCGGGGUUGUGUACCAUCUGACUGGAUGUGCACGAUUUGUGGUUGCAUCAAUUUUGCACGCCGGACAUCCUGUUUUCAGGUUUGAUUCUAUAUUUUUUAUGACUUCUGCGACUGUAGAACGUACCUUUCUUCCUUGAUAUUGAUGUUCUAAGAAGCAUCAAGCGUGUGGAUCUUGUAUUGCUAGGAUAGCUUAGUGAAUAAAUUGUCAUGCAAUUCACUAAUGGGAUGCAAUUUUAAGAAGUUAGUUCAUUUGUAAUUGAUGGUUCCAAGGAAAGAAAAGCUUUUAUUUUGCAGAAAAGCUUUUAUUUUGCAUAGACAGCACAUUUAUUUCACAUAAUAGUAAUAUAAUAUAGUUUCAUUAACCCUGAUACUAAGAGAGCUGUGACUAUUAUGUAGAAGUAUGUGGGGGGGGGGGCAUGUGGUAGUUCGUAAAUGUCAUCUUUGCUUGGAUUUCAGUAUACAAAAUCUAUUGACCAACUAUUGCUCAUCAAGAGUUUUUUCCCCAUGCUAACCAGUGUAACGAAGCACGUACAGAUGAUGCACCUCCUGCUGAUGUCUCAUCAUCCAAUCUAACCCCGAUUGGAAAGAAGGGAGAAGCUGGUAUGUUCUACAUUUUGAAAGCUUGUAACUGCAUAUUCCCUUGGAUGAAACUGCAUUUAAAAUAGUGUUACAAAAUUAACCUUGUGUCUUUUCAGGCCCCACUCAUGUUUUGGUUGUACGCGGAUUAGAUGAAAAUGCUGAUGAAGAAAUGCUUCGCUACGAAUUCUCCAAACAUGCUCCGAUCAAAGUAAGGGAAUUUAACUGGGAUCACGGUUUUUUGUAUGUACGAGGGGAAAUUUAACUGGGAGACUUAAAUUUUUCUUUCCUUCUACUGUGCAGGAUCUCCGUUUAGUCAGGGACAAGUUCACACAUGUAUCUCGGGGAUUUGCAUUUGUACACUUCCAUUCCGUAAGUACUAGACUUGUAUUUUCUAUAUUUCCCGAGUUCCUCCGGUGAUAGUCUUUUAUGCUAAUAGUGGUGUUAUUCUCUGUUUAUUUUGGUAGGUCGGCGAUGCAACAAAGGCUUUGGAAGCAACAAAUGGGACCACGCUGGAGAGAAAUGGCCAGAUACUGCGUGUUGCUUACGCAAAAAGCAUUCAUGGACCUGGUUCUGCUACAUCUGGGGCUCCACAUUCGAGUAGCCUUGCUGCUGCUGCAAUUGAAGCCGCAGCAUUUUCUCAACAGGUGCUAUUUAUUUGCUUCCAUAUCUUUUCCUUUAUUGGCUUCUUUGGACCCUUUUAAGUGUGGAGCUUUAUAUUAUUCCAUAGAGGUGCGGUAGAGUGAAGUGAAAACUGGACCACAAGUAUCUCUGUACAUUGUUUUGAGUUUACAUCCAGCCCAUUGCCGUACCUCCUCAUUUGCAGAUGUUGUUAGAUUUGUUCAGUUGAUGGACAACAUUUCUGCCUGUGAUACUGUUAAGUGUUUAUAUCUCAUCCUUUUAGUUCCGGGUGGGGUGGGUGGGGUGGUGGAAUUUUAUCUUCUAAUGGAACGGCCAUAUUUUCAUUUUUUUGGUGUAUGCCCGUGUACUUUUUCUCCGAUGAAUUUAUUUGUCUACAAGUAUAAUAUGUAAAUCAUUGAAAAAAGAAUUCCGCAUCUGGUACUUACUCCGUCCACCAUAUGUCAGUAUGAUGCCAUUGGGUGGGCACCGAAGGAAUACAAUCCAGAUGAAAAACAACCCACUGCUGGGAAUCAGCAAAAUGGAACUGCAGAAGGCCAGAACACUGGGUCUGCUCCACAGUCUGGUUUUGUAUGGGACGAAACGACCGGCUAUUAUUAUGAUGCUUCUUCUGGCUUUUAUUAUGAUGGAAACACAGGUCAGUGUCUUACCGUCUAUUAUUUUGUCAAUAAAUGGGGAUUUAUUUGGAUUCGGUAGUGUGUGAUAAUUGUAAUUUAUAAUUCACUUCCCUCAAUCCUUUGAUUCUUAAAAUUGUGGCUUCCAUCCAUGAUCAUUGUCGAUUUAGGGGGGGGGGGGGGAAGUUUCCAACUCUUAUCUUCUAUCUUGACGGCCAAGAAUCUGACAAACCCAGUUGACCUGGGGGUGAGCAUUAUCUCUAAAACAUGUAAACAUCUCAGUUUGUGUUUUGUUCAUGAGAAAUCGAGUCCACCGUUGAUCAAGUAGAAGCACAAAAUGUUAUUCAAGGAGGAUCCCAAACACAAAAGUAAAUAAGUGGAGAACAGAGAAACCAUGCAUGUAACGUCAGAGGUAUAGAGUUAACGAAGAAUUACGGAGUUGUGCUCUUGCCUCACUCUGAAGUAUAAGGCUCAACUUGAGGUUGACCAUCUUUUGACAAAGGCAAGUCUCUACUAUUACAGUCAAGCCGUAUUAUUUAGUUACUAGCUCAUUGGUUCGCGCAGGUCUGUACUAUGAUGGAAACAAUGGCACUUGGUACUCCUAUGAUCAAAAAACUCAACAGUAUGUUCCGUGCAACGAUCAAAAUGAGAGCAAGCCUGCCACUGAAAAUGCAAAAGCAUCCGAUGGCUCCAAUUCAAGAAAGGUUGUGAUAUCAGCUCCUGCUGCUACGAUAUCCUCCAGUGAGAAAGCCUCUCUACCUGAUGCUGUCCAGGCUGCUGCGGCAGCGGCAUUGGCUGCUGAAAAGAAAGAAAAGGAAAAGCUCAAGGAGAUUAAAUUGGCAUCAAAGGGCAGUAUCAUGGCAAACAAGAAGAAGAUGAAUAAUGUCUUGAUGAUGUGGAAGCAGAGAAAUCACGAGGGUCAGACUGCUCGCAUCAUUGUUGAUGACAAUGAACCAUCAUCUGGCAUAGAUGAUAGGCAACCUGCCUCUGCUAGGAAUAAGCCCAAAGCCGACGUUGCUUCCUCUGGAUUGGGUAAUUAUAGUAACACACCUGUGGCUGGUACCAUUCCAAAGGCUCCUAUGGAUACCCAGGUCAAACCUGUUCCAGUUAGCAACAGCUCCGGAGGCGCGUUAAUGGGUGUGAUCCGAGGUUCUGGAAGGGGUGUGGUGAAAUCGGAUACAGUCUUUUCAGGACAAGAAGGCGUUGGCGGCGCUUCUACUUCUGCCCCUUCAUCCGAUCUCAAAAGUACUGCAGAAUUGUCUUCAGGAAACUCUGUGAGACCAUCGGCUGCUACAACCUUUAGAACAGAUGCAUCGGCUCUUGGUUCCUAUGCACCUCCUGCGUCUUCUGCGGGUGGGAAACGGAGGUUUUCUGAAAUGCCGGCUCAGGCUGCACCCUACAGGGAUCGUGCAGCUGAGAGAAGAAGCUUAUAUGGGUCAUCUUCCUCUUCUGCUGGAGAUGACUCUUCCCAUGUUGGUGGGGGGGAUUCAAGUAAGCACAAGCGACUGGUCUAGUUUCACUCACCCUUGGCCCUUUAUUUUAUUUUUUUCCAUGUUCGUCAGUUUAUCUCUGGUGCAUCAUACAGCAUGUGAAGCAUCUGUUGGUUGAAUAAUCAUCAUCCGAAAUCUCUGUGGGAUCAUUUAUUAAAUAUUCCCCUUAGAAGUUAGUUUUAUGAGCAGAAAGCUGGUGUUACAUCAUACAGCAUAUGAAGCUUCUGUUGGUUGACUGAUCAUCAUCCGAAAUAUUAAUGGCUCAUUUUUUCCCCUUAAAAGUUAGUUUUAUGAGCAGAAAACUAGUGCUGUAUAAUACAGCAUUGAAGCCUCUGUAGGUUGAAUAAUCAUCUUCGAAAAUCUGUGGGCUCAAUUUUUCCCCUUAAAAGUUAGUUUUAUGAGCAGAAAAUUGGUGCUGCAUACAGCAUGUGAAGCCUCUGUUGGUUGAAUAAUCAUCAUCCGAAAUCUCUGUGGGAUCAUUUACUAAAUAUUCCCCUUAAAAGUUAGUUUUAUGAGGCAGAAAACUGGUGCUGCAUUAUACAGCAUAUGAAGCUUCUGCUUGUUGAAUAAUCAUCAUCCGAAAUCUUUGUGGGUUCAUUUAUAUUCCCCUUAAAAGUUACUUUUAUGAGGCAGAAAAUUGGUGUAUACGGCAUAUGAAGCGCUUGUUUGUUGAAUAAUCAUCAUCCCCCGAAAUUUCUGUGGGCUCAUUUCUUCCCCUUAAAAGUUACUUUUACGAGGCAGAAUUGGGUUGGGUUGGGGUGGGUUUGGUUGGGUUGAGUUUCUGUGCAUCGUCUGAAAUUUCUGUGGGCUCUUCUCUCUCUCUCUCUCUCUCUCUCUCUCUCUCUCUCUCUCUCUCUCUCUCUCAAGAUUUUGUUCAAUGAGGAAGAAAAUUGGGCAUGGCUGUGAAUUACUUCGAGACAAGCACAUUUUCAGGCCGUUGAUUGAUUCCAUCCCGUGUGAGAUUCAUCAUUAACAUCAGAGAAAUGCCUUUGUUUGUCAAGAUCGUGAGUUUCCUUAUCGGAAGGGCUCUUCGUCAGACAUCGGAACGAUGCCUUUCCCUCCAGGAGUUGGCCGGGGCUCUGCUGACUCUGCGAGCGAUGCUCCCAGUUAUGAGGUGAUCACAGCCGAUCGUGCUAUCGACGAGAGCAACGUCGGCAACCGGAUGCUCCGCAACAUGGGAUGGCAAGAAGGAUCGGUGAGUCUCCUUUUCUUUUUCUUCUCUUUUCUUUUCUUUUUUUAAUCCGUGUUUCUUAGUUAAAAAAAUCCAUUUUCAUCUUGUUUAUUUAUAUAGAAAGCCGUAGAACUCACAGAACCUUCACAAUUCAUGUGGGUCAACGUCACCCUCGUUCAAAUCUCCAGUUUGACCUUGUUUUCCGUCUCAUAUGUGAAAAAAGUCAGCGCAGGAUCCAACCCCCCCCCCCCUUUCCCCUUCUCGUGGUCUGAUUUCCAGCUCUCUGUGUUCUGUUCCUCCAGGGGCUCGGGAAGGAUGGGAGCGGCAUCACGGAGCCCGUCCAGGCGCAGUCGAUGGAUGUCAGAGCGGGUCUCGGGACCCAACAGAAGAAGCCGGUCAACCCCCAGCUGGAAGUCCACCCCGGCGACAGCUAUCGCACCCUCAUCCAAAAGAAGGCCAUCGCCAGGUUCAGGGAGAUGUCUUGA